AACACUUGAUGGUGAGAGGGGAUCGUUGCAGGGUUAAACGGGGAAGAUUUUUUCUUGGCCCUCCAACUCUCCACGAAGCAAUUGGUGAUAAUGGUCUUGGUGUGUUGCCGUGUUACUUUGGCAGAUCCAGUUUCCUUUCCCUCUCAGCACAGCCGGAGCUGAGAAAGCUGGAUCUGUUAGGCCUCCUGGCACCGACCGCUCAGAGGAUCAUCUUCAAGGGAUCUUCUUUGGAGUUGUACUUUGCAUGGCAAGGAUCUACUUUCUUGCUGCCUCACUGAAAUUGCAUGGCCUAAACGAAUGAAUAUUUUUAUGAGGCGCCUUGUACCAGAGAUGGGCCAGGACCAAACCAAGCACCAGAUAGAGAAGGGCCUGAGGUUGUAUCAGUCAAAUCAGACAGAGAAAGCCCUGCACGUCUGGACAAAAGUGCUGGAGAAGACCUCAGACCCUGGAGGGAAGUUUCGGGUUUUAGGAUGUUUGAUCACAGCUCACUCAGAAAUGGGAAAAUAUAAAGAUAUGCUCAAGUACGCCCUCAAUCAAAUCGACACAGCCAGAGAGAUGGAGGACCCAGACUACCUGACAGAGGGCUACCUGAAUUUGGCGCGCAGCAACGAGAAGCUGUGCGACUUCCAGAAAACCGUCUCGUACUGUAAGACCUGCUUAAACAUGCAGGGUACCACUGUCAGCCUGCAGCUCAAUGGCCAGGUAUGUCUUAGCAUGGGCAACGCCUUCCUGGGCCUAAGUGUCUUCCAGAAAGCUUUGGAGAGCUACGAGAAGGCCCUGCGCUACGCACACAACAACGAUGACAAGAUGCUGGAAUGUAGAGUCUGCUGCAGUCUGGGGAACAUCUAUGUUCAGCUUAAGGACUAUGAGAAAGCCCUGUUUUUCCCCUGCAAAGCAGCUGAGCUCGUCAAUGACUACGGCAAGGGUUGGAGCCUCAAGUAUCGCGCCAUGAGCCAGUACCACAUGUCUGUAGCCUACAGGAAACUGGAGCGCCUGGCAGACGCCAUGGAAUGCUGUGAGGAAUCUAUGAAGAUUGCUCUGCAGCAUGGUGACCGUCCCCUGCAGGCCCUGUGCUUACAAAACUUUGCAGACAUACAUCGCUGCAGGCAUGACGUAGAUAAAGCAUUCCCUCGCUAUGAGUCUGCACUGGCUAUCAUGACUGAGGUUGGAAAUCGUCUUGGACAUUCACACUUGUGCCUGGGAGUUGCAAAGUGUUGGCUUCUGCAGAAAGAUUAUGACAAGGCUCUGGAGUGUUUGCACCAAGCACAAGAACUGGCAGAUGGAAUGGGAAACAAGCUGGUGACAUUGAAGGUGCAUUGUCUGAGUGAGCAGAUAUACCGAAACCAGGGGAAGCAGGAGGAGGUCAGAGAGCAGGUGGUGAAAUUCCUGCAGUGUGUCGAGGAGCUGGAGCUCUACUGCGGCAUGUGCGGCGAGUCCAUCGGGGACAGGGACCAAAAGCUGCAGGCCUUACCCUGUUCCCACGUUUUCCAUCUCAAAUGUCUACAGACAAAUGGGACAAAGGGUUGUCCUAAAUGUUUCAAGUCCUCCAUGAAGCCUGGAUUUGUGUGA